ACCGGAUGAAGGAAGACCAAUCGCAUUUUGAAGACGGAAUGCCUUAUUGUAAAGAAGAUAUACGGGGAAACCCAAUAAACAUACACCCUUCAUAGCGCCGCUUUUAUAUGAGCCAAUCAGAUGAUGGAAAUAUGUAGAGCCUAUAGAAAUUACGAUAUUUGACAACCAAUCCUAACUCUUAACCACAUUCACUACUGCUGCCGCAGCCAAUUGGGUUUCGAGAAACACUGCUUCGGCUCAACAGCUUGUUAUUUCGUUUAUUGCUUUGCAAACCUGGCAAGUGGAGAAUAGUCUCGUCGCUGUAUUUUUUUUCAGCAGUCAUAAACCAUUCGACCUGGAAUCCCUCAAAUAGCCUCCACGAUGAAGGCAGCGGAUGAGCCUGCCUAUUUGACAGUGGGGACAGACGUCAGUGCUAAGUACCGGGGUGCCUUCUGUGAGGCAAAAAUCAAGAAUGUGAAGAGGAUGGUCAAAGUGAAGGUGGUGCUUAAGGGAGACAGCACCUCGCACAUCGUCCAGGACGAUCAGGUUAAAGGACCCCUCAGGGUCGGCUCCACGGUGGAGGUGAAGAACCCAGAAGGUGGGCUAAGCGAGGGGGUCAUUAGCAAGCUCACGGACGCCAGCUGGUACACCGUGGUGUUCGAUGAUGGCGACGAGAAGACGCUGCGGCGGACAUCGCUGUGCCUGAAGGGCGAGAGGCAUUUUGCCGAGAGCGAGACUUUGGACCAGCUCCCCCUCACCAACCCAGAGCACUUUGGCACUCCUGUUAUUGGGAAGAAGACAAACCGUGGGAGGAGGUCCUCACUGCCCAUCGCUGAGGAUGAGAGAGAGUCUUCAUCCAGCGAAGAGGAGGAUGAGGACAGGCGGCGGCUAAACGACGACCUGCUGGGGAAGGUGGCCUGCGUGCAGGCAGGCGCGGAGCGGACGGCAUGGUACCUCGGCCUGGUGAUAUCACCCAGCUGCAAUGACGACCUGACAGUCAGAAAGGACCAAUGUUUGGUGCGCUCCUUUGCAGACUCCAAAUUCUACACAGUAGCAAGAAAAGAAAUCCGCGUACUGACCACAGACAACAUCUCCAAGUUGGAGUUCUCUAGCAAAAAAGGAUUUGAUGAAGCUGUGCUUUUCCUGAAAACCAAGACCAUACCUGCAAGCUGGAAGAUGGACAUGAGCGAGAUUUUGGAGUCGUCCAGCAGUGACGACGAGGAUGGGGAGGAAAAGGACAGUGAGGAAGAUGAAAAAGUGGAGGAGGUAGAGCCAGAAGAGGAGCCAGAUCCUGAGGAGCGGGACCACUUCCUGCAGCAGCUUUACAAGUUCAUGGAGGACAGAGGGACACCAAUUAACAAGCCCCCCGUUCUGGGUUACAAGGAUCUGAACCUUUUCAAGCUCUUCAGGCUGGUUUACCACCAAGGCGGCUGUGACAGCAUUGAAAGUGGUGCAGUGUGGAAGCAGAUCUACAUGGAUCUUGGGAUCCCUGUCCUCAACUCUGCAGCCUCCUACAAUGUGAAGACUGCUUACAGGAAGUACCUGUAUGGCUUUGAGGAGUACUGCCGUUCCGCCUGCAUCCAGUUCCGGACUAUCCACCACAAUGACCCCCGCCCCGCCGCCCCGGUGGAGGCCAAGGUGGAGCUGGGUGAUGGCGAGGGGGAGCCAGAGGCGGGGAUUGUGCCGGAGAGGGAUCCCGAGCCGGAGCCAAGGGAGGAGAAGCCCCUGCUGGUUGAGUCGUCGUCGGGCAGUGAGAGUGACAAGGAAGAAGCCAAGGAGGCACGCUCCCACCGAGGGAGGCGAAGGACUGCCUCGGUGACCCCAGUCAAGCUGGAGGACAAGGAGCCUGUCAAUGAGGAGAAGGUCGAGGAGGACGAGGAGCAGCCCGAAGAGCUGGGGGACUGCGGGGAGCCGACGGACAGGGCAGCCGACGACACCCCUUCCAGAAGGAUGAAGCCUGAGAGGCGGAGCCGGCGGCUGGAGGAGUCCGACAAGGAGUCGGACGAGGAGGAGCAGGAGGACGAGGAUGAUGAUGCUGAUCGGCCGCGUCCCAGAGAGAGGGAUGAGAGGGAGGCCGAUGAAGACUGCGAAGAGGAUCCGGAGCACUCGCUCACCGGGACCAAGGUCAGGGUCAAAUACGGCCGGGGCAAGACACAGAAGAUUUAUGAGGCCAACAUCAAGAACACGGAGAUGGAUGACGGGGAGGUGUUGUACCUGGUGCAUUACUACGGCUGGAAUGUCAGGUAUGACGAGUGGGUCAAAGCCGACCGCAUAAUCUGGCCUGUGGACAAAGCAGGGAACAAAAGGAGGCAGAAGAGGAAGGUGAAGAGCAAGGAGGAGGCAGAAAAAGGGGAGAAGGAAGAGGAAAAGCUACCCAAACCGGGGGCCAAACGAGGGCGCCCUCCACUCCGGUCCACGCCUCCCAGCGUGCCACGCAGUGCUGGCAGCGGCAUCACCAAAGCACCCGGCAGCGAUGGCCGCUCCUCUGGGAAAGCCCCCCGCCAGGACAGCAUCCCCAAUGGCGAAGGAACCCCACGCCGAAGGACUCGCCGAACAUCUGGCAUGUACGACUCCGACAGAGGAUCUAUUGAGGAGUCGGGGAACUCGUCAGAUGACACAGACUCGGAGAGCUCCCCCGAGAAGAAGCUUACGCGGCAGGGGAGCUCUGACCCACCCUUGACCCCCCAGGACGACCAAGACGAGGAUCCCAAAGCACCACCAUGCCUAACUGUUGACUUCCUACCUGAGCCGGAGCUCUCUGACAGCCCCCAGGGGCCCCAGAUAGAGAGGCCCUGCCUCCAGGAGGUAGCCCCUGUUAUUAAGGAGCCCGAGGAGCAGGAAGAGGAGACAUCCUUACUCCCAGAUCUGGAGAAAGCCUUAGAACCACAGGAAGAGGAACGGUCUCCACACAUCAAGGCCAGGAGGGGGCGCUGUAAGGAGCAGGAGACUGAAGCGUCCCCUGUGAAGCAGGCCAUCUGCACCAGCCACACGGAGGGUGAGGCUGUGGCCCUACUGAGCCUGAGGCAGUCUGAGGUGGUCCUCGAUGGCCCACAAUGCCCACGGCCUUUACCCCUCCCCCCGCUGGGGCCCACCGACUCUGACACAGACUCGGCCACAGAGGAGAUCUGCACCGAGGACAGGAGGCCCAUCAAGCGGAAGUCCCCAGAGCAGCGGACACCCGAGAAGAAGGUGCGUAUGGAGAGGAGGGAGGAGCCUAAGGCCGAGUCAGACAGGAGACUUGAGACGCCGCCAAGGGCCGAGGAACGCCUGGCAGCGGCAGGCGAUGGGGAGCCAGAGCUUCGGCCCGGGAUGCCUACCCUCAGCAUGGAGGCAGGGCGGGAGGAGCUGUUGCGGCCAUGCCCGUUGGCGGAGGCGGUUCUGGGCGUCCAGUCUGAGCUCAUAUCUCAGAUAGGCCCAGAGUCUCUGGUUUGUCAUGAGGUGGACCUGGAUGACCCCGACGAAAGGGAGAAACCCACCGGAGAGGAGCUGCUGCUGGCGGUGCGGGUCGAGGAGAAGCCCCGGACCCCUGCUGCCGCCAUGCUCCACGCUCUCCCGGGGACCUCGGCGGCGCCCCCUCUGGCCCCUUCCCCCAGCACCACGCCUAGCCCCAGCGAGUCGCACAGCACUAAGAGUGAGAGCGACAUCACCAUUGAGGUGGAGAGCGUGGCGGGGGAGUCGCAGGAGGGCCUGUGUGAAAGCGAGGCAGCAAACGGCUUCGAGGGUUCCGGCAGCUCCAGCACGUCUCUGCAAGACAGGGGCCAGAAGAGGUCCAUGGACGGAAGUGGCAGCUCGUCAUCGAAGAAGCAAAAGCGCGGCCAGAAGCGCUCCAGCGGUUCGGGGACUGCUGGCAAGGGAGAGAAGAAUGGCGCUGGGCACAGCAGCGACAGUGAGGACCUCCCUGUCACUGACACAUCUAGCAAGCUCACUCCCAUUAAGGCCCCCGGUGUGCACAGGGCCCCGAAGCUGCCCCGCUCCCCGGGUACUGUGACCCCUGGCACCCACAACGGCAAAGAAGGGGAGAAGGACAAGCAGAGGGACAAGCCGGCCUUCUCUGCACGCACAUACAAGUGGACGUUCCAGCUUGCCGAACUGGACAACAUGACGAGUACAGAGCGCAUCACCUUCCUGCAGGACAAGCUGCAGGAAAUCAGGAAGUACUACAUGUCGCUGAAAUCUGAAGUGGCUUCCAUUGACAGGAGGAGGAAGAGGUUAAAGAAGAAGGAGAGAGAAGUGUCCCACACGACGGCCUCCACGUCCUCGGGUUCCUCCGACACGGGCAUGAGCCCAUCCUCCACCUCGCCCAGCCAGACCACGGUAGCGGUGGAGUGCAGGUGAUGGCCCCCCCUCCGUUGCCUCCCCGGAGAUGCGCACUGAGACUGACGAGUUAGAGCGAGCAGCCAAAAGCACUCGACCGUCCCCCUCCCGGCCCUGCCCAUGUGACCACUCCCACUUCCUGCACUUUGUGACCCGGCCCCGCCUCUUCUCCCAGCACCCAAUCACGUCAGGAAAUGGAUUCUGUGAAUUGAAUGUAAGAAUGAGUCGGAGAUUGGUUCUCAAGCCCUCUUUUCUGAGCGUCAUCCUUUUACAGUUCAAGGCACUUUUCUCCCCUCCUCCCCGACGGAAGCAUACGCAAACCUCUCCUGCCAGUUCCGGCCGUGGGGCCGCUCUGGAUGCAGUAUCGUUCGAGUUUCAUCGCUCAGAACGAGGCGAGUAGCCAGGCAGCAUAAUAUGGAUGGGUCCUUCUAUUCGGUAAUGGUCACUGUUAACCAGCUGGACAUGGUUUGUAAAAAAAAAAAAAAAAAAAGAAAAAAAAAAAAGGUCAAUUCUGCUCGUUUGCUCAAUCAGAACUGCCAAAGUACAUGUGUUACAGCAGAGUGCCCUAUUUUGAAAAAGUGGGACAAAUUCAGUUGCAAAGGGGAGUGUAGUUCACUGAAAACUGCAGCUCUGUCGUCUUCCUCUGGUCUUAUUUGAGCACAGAUAAUUAUGCAAAACUUGUUUGGGUUCCCCCAUUGCCCCCAUUGUCUUUUUAAAAAGAAAACAAAUGUUUACAGUGGAAUAGAGGCAAAAAUGUUUUCAGUGGACUAACUUCCUCCGCAAGUGUAUUUUGUCGUUUUAUAUGUAAUUGCAGAGUUUUUAUUUUAUUAUGGGAAAUUUAAAAAAAGUAUAUAUCACAGCCAUGAAGUUAUUUAAUGAAAGAUUUCUAGAGCUGAAAUUUUGUGUAAAAUAAAGGUAUUAUCUUGCAACUUGUUAAAUAUAUUUAUUCACAGUGAACAUAACAUUUUUAUGUAUUUUUUACAAUAAGAAAAAAUCAAUUGGAAGCUUCCACAUUUGGUUAGGAUGGUGGGGAAAAUGAGAUGAGAAUGUCGUAAGCUAACAAAGGCAGACUCUGACAACUUGUACAUUGACUUUUUCCCCCAACCUUUGGGCCCAAAUUAUUUUUUUUAUUUUAUUUUUUUUUAUUAAAGACACCAGAAGUUGGUGACUUUUACUUUUCUCGGCUUGUAUUCAGAUUGCCUGGUACUAUUUGUUUUAAUUUAAGUGUAUAAUAUUAUUUGCAUUCUGACCAUUUGAAUAAUAAAAAGUAUUGCUAAGAGAACGUCUGUCCUGCCCAGGGGUCUCUCUCUCUCUCUUUUGUAUAUAGAUCUUCCUAAACCAUGUAUUUGAAAAUACAUUUUACACAACCUGUACAAAAAAUUAUUUUAUGUUUUUUUUUUUUUUAAUCCAUCUUUGUAUUUUUUUUUCUCCCCAAUGUUAAGUCAGUAGACUUUAGUGCACCAUCUGUAGACUGUAUAUGAUGAACUUGGCUUCCAGUGACUGCUGGAGCCAGACUGUAGUGUGAAGUAGGACUUCUCAGUACAUUGUACAUUUCUGCUUUAUAAACAUUUUAUCUCAUCAACAUUGUCAAGACUUACUUUUAAAGUUUAUCUACAGAUUCCUGGAUGAAGGAAAAAUGGUAUUAGAUUUCCUAAAGCAAAGCCAUUGUAUCUUUAUGUAAAUUAAGCAGAGCUCCCCUCAUUUCUAAUAAAGUUUUCAAAUAUA